AAGAAAACGAGAAAGAAUACGUAUGCAAACACGAAGGAAGUGAGGCAAAAGUCCAACGUUGCUUCUGCAGAAACUAUUUAAACACACAGCCAGCCUCUUGACGGUCACAAGUUUCUGGUUGCGGCUUUGCAUCAUGAAUUAUUGGGGGAGGACUGCGUAGGGAGGGAGCCAUACCCGCUUUGGUCAUCAAUCUGACGUUAGCUACGGGGCGCUAGUACCUGAUUGUAAGCAGGGAUGAGCCCCGUAGACUAGCAAAGCCCCGGCAGUUCUAUGACAAUGUCCGUCACUAACUUUGUACAAAAAGGACAGCAACGCUUCAAAAUAUACUGCUUUCUCUGUCAUUCUAUCCUUCAACUCGCGGUGACCUUGUAAUACCCCGCAAGUCGGUGCUACCACUUCUGAGACCACCAUAUCCUAUCCAUUCAUUCUCUAGAGAUCAUCUCCACGAAACACCGCCAAAAUGCCCGGCCGCACUUCCCCAACACCUAGUGUCAUGACACAGGAAGCCUACCGAAAGCGAAAAGAGGAGGAGAACAGCGCAGACGAAGAAGAGAACAUCAACUACGAUUCCGACGACGAUGGCAAGCCAAAGAAGCAAAAUGAUCAAAGAAAACGUCAGGAAGCUCACCUCGCUGGGUACCGACAACAAAUGAUGAAGACGACCGAAGGCCCGCCAUCAAUAGAACACUCGCGCAUUCCCUCUAUACAAGGCCCAUGGAUGAACAUCCCCGACGAUGAUAGCGACGACGACGUGCCGCUGGCAAUGCUGCAGGCUCGAAGUCAACGCGAUCGUAUGUCUCGCUUAGCAGGUGUUCGAUCAAACCCCAAUCUCCGAGCUUCCGCGCAACAACACAUGAUGAGACCUGGUUCGGCGCAGGGAAAGCCCGAUAACGGUUCACAUCUGCGCUUACCAUCCUUCGCAACGAAUCUUCCUCAAGAUCCUUUCCAAGACCCGUUUCAAGAUCCAUUCCAGACGAAGAAGCCGAUGUUUACGGGCGGUUUAAUCAGUGUUAUUGCAAACGAGGAGCGCGCUAAAGCUUCGCGGCGGGGAACGCCGAGUGCUAGCUUUCAAGCACCACAGAACCCGUUUGCUUUGACGGGUGCAUCGCCAUACAUGCCUUCACCGUAUGGCGCGCCAAUGCCGCAGCAAUUAUCGAGACCGCAAACGCCUUCUGGUCAAAUACAUCAGCAAAUACCCCAAGGCAUUCAGGACCAGAUGCAGUUCAUACAGACGAUGACGUUUGGCGCGCAACAUCAGUCUAAUAAUUCAUGGGGCAGCAUUCCGCAACGGCCGGGAACGAGUGGUAACGCGGCUCCGGCGGUGAAGCCUGCGCUGCCGGCUUACGGAGGGUAUGCGCAGUCUAUUCCGCCGGCGGAGAGGAGUAACGUUGGGUUGCCUAGUCGAUAUAGGGCGGUGUCGAAGCAGAAGGCGUAAUGAAAUUGAAUAGAAUGAUAGACUGGGGGAAGCGAUAUGAUACCUGAUGCGGAGAUAAUGCGAUUCGGAGACUGUACCAAACAUAUAUUUUAUUUGUCUACUGGGAAUUUGGCGUUAAAAAUGCAUGAUUAGAUAUACACGGCCUGUAUAAUAUAAUUCUUCAUCAUUGAUCAUAAAUGAAUCUCAAAUAUCGCC